AUGCCGCGGCCUUUCGGACUUCCGCUCUCCCCUCCCCGCAAACCCACAAGCGCAAGUGCGCGCGCGCAAACUGUAUUUGCUGGAACCAGGUGGGAGAACCGCCAGCGCGCCACCCAAACAGACAGACAGGCCGACAGCGCGCAUAAGCAACCCUCCCGAAGCUUCCUUGCAAGUCCCGCCGCCAUGCGCGCUGCACUGGUCGCCGCGCCUCGAUCCGCGCCGCUCCACGCGCUACUUCUGACGCGGGGGAGGUGGACGCGAGGGGACACGUGGCGUCGGGGGAUUGGGUGGAGUGAGAGCGUUGCUGCUUUUCCCAGGGGGCGCAAGCCGAGGGCGGGCAAGGAGACUGUUUUUGAGGCGUCUCAAAAGCCGUCCGCGUCCCAGUCUCACGGCAGCAGGGGUCGAAAGCCGAGCGCAGCCAAGGGCACGAUUCAUGAGACGUCGACGUCUAAAAAAGCGUCCGCGUCGUCUCAGUCCCAGGGCAGCAAGGCGCGCAAGCUGAGCGCGGCGAAGGAGCGGGAGGUGAUAGAGUGGUAUCGCGGGCACAUGGAACAGUGCAAGAAGCAGAGCGCGCGCGAGCUCGUGAAGAAUCUGGAUUACUCCAAUAUUCUGGGGGUCAACCCCGUGUUCAAGAAUGGAAAGUUGACCAACAGUGUGAACGAUAAAAUUCUCGAAAUCAAGCGCCAGUUCCCGCAUGAAGUCGUGCUCUGUAGGUUAACUCCCUGUUCUCCCUCUUCUCUCCCUCUUCUCUCCCUCUUCUCUCCCUCUGCAAACCCCUGCCCCCCCUCGCCCCCUCUUUCUCUGCAACACCCCCGAGUGGGCGAGUUCUACGAGACGGUGGGCUUUGACGCGUGUCUGCUGGUGGAGCAUGCAGGGCUCAACCCCAUGGGUGGCGCCCGCCCCAACACCGUGCCCAAAGCCGGCUGCCCCACCAUCAACCUAAUGCAGACACUGGACGCCCUAACGGGCCACGGGCUGUCGGUGGCCAUAGUGGAGGAGGCUCAGGACACCUCGCCUGUGGGGGGCCGUACCGGCGCUGCUAGCAAGAAGGGAAAGCCACGCUUCUUGGGAGGCCACGCGCACCCCGGCAGCCCGUACGUGUACGGCUUGGCGCGCAGCAACAUGGAGAUCGAAUUCCCCGAGCCAAUUCCAAUCUUGGGCAUAGCGCGUACGAGUGCGAGUGGGUACACGGUGGUGAGCGCGUGGGAGAUGACCCAGACCUUCUCUGUCGAACCGCUUCUCACUGAGGAGGCUGCUGUGGCCAAGCUGAGAGCGAGCGGGUGUCACCGCUGCUUCGUGCAUACCUCUGUUACCGCGUGCACGAGUGCGAGUGGGUACACGGUGGUGAGCGCGUGGGAGAUGACGCAGACCUUCUGUGUCGAACCACUUCUCACCGAGGAGGCUGCUGUGGCCAAGCUCAGGGCCAGUGGCUGCCACCGCUGCUUCGUGCACUCCUCCGUUACUGCUCUCGUCUCCCUUCUCCCACCAACCCCUUCUUCACACCAUCCUUCCCCCCACGCCAUCCUUCCCCCCACGCCAUCCUUCCCCCCACGCCAUCCUUCCCCCCACACCAACGCCUUCUCUCUCCUUAACGGUCCUUCUCCCUCUCUCUUGCGGCUUGUACGGAGAGCAGAUGCAGGGGGGUGGCGGGAGCAUGGGGCGGGGGGAAUGCUGUUCUCAGAGUGUGUGGCCAAGGGCUAUGACAAGUACGAGGGCGACCACGUCAAUAGCCUGCUCAAUAAGGUGCGAGACCUGUACGACCUGGGUGCAGUCUCCUUCCAGCAGCUGCAGCUGCCACCCCCCGACUCCCGGCCUCGGCCGCUCUACGUCUCCACCGCCUCCCAAAUAGGCAUUUUACCAACGCGGGGAGUUCCGAGUCUGCCGCACCGUCUGCUCCCGGAUAAUGCAGCGGGCCUCCCUGUGUGCCUUGCAUACCUGCGCUCGCUGCUUCUCAGCCCGCCGCCUCCUCACGUCGCCACCAGCAUCCAAGAUGCGUGCCGCCGAAUGUUUCAUCUGCCCGUGCUGCCCGAGUUCCUGUGUGUGCCGCCCUCGCGCCUGGUGAAGCUGAUCUCAGCCAAAGAAGCCACGUCCACUGAGCUGCUCCGAGUGCGCGCACUAGCCAAAACCUUCCUGGAUAUGCUGCAGGACUCGGGUCCUACUAGCAGCAGCAGCAGCAGCAGCAGCAGGAGCAGGGGCGGUGACGGCAGCAGUAGCGGCUACAGUAGUGACAGCACCGGCAGUGGCAGUGGUUUGAGCGGCAGUGUGGUGAGGGAAGGGGGGAUGCGGCAGCUGGCUGUGGAUCUGCUGGUGCCCACGCAGCUAGCAUGUGCCUUGCCUCUCCAUGUGCACACUCUGGCACAGGAGUGUGAGGCGAUAUGUGCGAUGGUGAGCAACGUGUUGCUGGAUGACACUGCCCGCCUCAUGGGGGCACCUGCACCUGCUGCUGGCCGAGUGGAGGGAGCGGAGGAUGAAGAGGAGCAGGAGGAGGAGGAGGAGGGGCUGAAUGGGGAUGAGAUGCAACCAGUGCGGCUGCAGCAGCAGCAGCAGUUUGGAGUACGGGGGGCGAAGGGCGGUGCAGAGGGAUGGAAAGCAGAGGAGGAGUGGGGGGACGGAGGAGACAGGGGGUUGGCGAUUAGUGGGAGUGAGUUUGCAGCGAUGGAGGAUUUUUUUGAGGUGAUGGAGGCCCAAUGGAGGGGUCGAGUGCGGUACGAGCACAUACAGACGGAGUGCGAGAGGGUGGCCAGGGCUGCAGAGCGGUACAAUGAAGUGGUGAAGCAGGAUCUGAUGCCCUUUGUCAACCGCAGUCGCAGCCUCUCCCCACGCACCUCCAGCACAGCAGCCAAAAAAGUGGAGAUAGCAGCGUACCGAGACUACGGGGUGCUGCUCAAAGGGACCCGCGCCAAGGCAUUGGUUGCUACGGGACCACUGGUUGCUGUUCAAAGGGAAUCGAGCCAUCCCCCUCCUCCCAUCCCCCUCCUCCCAUCCCCCUCCUCCCAUCCCCCUCCUCCCAUCCCCCAAUCCGCCCCCUCGUCCUCCCAUCCCCUUCCCCAUGUGCAGGUGAGCGCGCAAGACCCCAGCGACCCCCUGCACGCGCUGGUGCAGAAGCUGGUGCCGGCGUCAGUGGAUAGCAAGGGCAAGAAGGUGGGCGACGGCUGGUACUCCACUCAUGACGUCGAUGAAGCGCUUUCCGAAGCACUUGGCAAGUAUGGGCUGGGAUGGGAGUCAAAGGUUGGGGAGGAAGGAGAAAUGGGCAAGGAGAUUGUGAUGGGGAAGUACAGCAAAAGGGAUGCGGUUGGUGGGGCAAGGAGAUUGGAUGGGUGUGCAUGGCAAGAAGGGGCAAGGAGGGUUGUGGGUCCAGAUAAGGGGCAAGUGGGGGUGCGCUCUCUCUCUCUUCCGUUCUUCCCGCUCCUUCUCGUCCUCUCUUUCCAUUUUCCCGCUCACUCAACUGGUCUCACGCGCUCAGCCUCCUCUUCCCUGCUCUCUCUCCUUCCCCGCCUUUCCUCGUUCCCUGCCUUUCCUCCUUCCCUGCCCUUUUUGUACAAGGACGCGGUGGCAGCAGCGCACUAUGCGGUGGUGGCAGCGCUACAGCUGCUCUCCCAGGAGCUGCAGCCGUACCUCAGCACCAUCGUGGCGGUUGCUAACUUUGGCAUCGUCGCGCGCACCCUUGAUGCACACGUCAGGUGCUGCUCUCAUCGUGGCUGGAUCUUCCCCGCUCUUGCUCCACCACCACCAUCAACGCCAUCAAGCAACCAGCAGCAGCAGCAGCAGCAGCAGCAGCAGCAGCACACACAGCACCACUCCUUUUCCCCCAGCAUCACCUCCGCAACUCCAUACACCACCAACCUCCCUCCCUCCUCCACCUCCCCUCCCGCCCCCAUCUCCCCAAACACCCUCCUCCUCGAAGGCCUCGUCCCCUACUGGCUAGACCACACGCCAGCCUCCCCUGCAGUCCCCAACACGCUCUCCCUCUCCUCUCUCGCGCUCCUCACGGGGCCAAACGGAGGGGGCAAGUCGUCGCUGCUGCGGUCGGUGUGUGCGGCGGCGCUGCUGGCGUCGUGUGGGUUGAUGGUGCCGUGCGUGGGGGGGUCGGCGCACGUGCCGCGGUUUGACGCCAUUGUGCUGCGCAUGAUGCCCGCUGAUAGCCCCUCCGAUGCCAAGAGCUCCUUCCAGAUGGAGAUGAUGGAGUUGCGCAGCAUAACGCAGGACGCCUCCCCGCGCUCUCUUGUGCUCCUGGACGAGCUCUGCAAGGGCACCGAGCCCGACAAGGGCGCCUGCCUCGUGGCCUCUGCCCUGGAGUUCCUGGACCAGUCGCGGUGUGUGGGGGUGCUGUCAACCCACUUCCACCGCGUGCUAGACUUGCCUCUGCAGCUUGAUGGGGUGGUGCGGCUUGCUAUGGGCACGCGGAGGAGGGCAGGGGAUGGCGGGAUGGAGCCCACGUGGCAGGUCACUCAGGGCGAGUGCCGUGACAGCCUGGCGUUCGAGGUGGCAGUGAAAGAAGGCGUGCCGACAGCAGUGGUGGACCGCGCUGCUGUGCUGCUGGAGCACCUGCAGCAGCAGGAGGCUCAGCUGCGACACGCACAUGAUAUCCUGGCUCUACAGCAGCAGCAGCAGCAGAAGCAGCGAGAGGAGGAGAGAACAGGGAAAAGAUUGCUUAUGCCAUGGGAUGCAGCGCAAGCUAGUGUAGGUGGUGGCGGCAGUGGGAAUGGGGCAGCUGCGGCUGCUCCUUCUUCUGCGCUCAGUCACGGGGUUGGGGGUAGUGUUGGUAGUGGAAUGGAUGGGAUACGUGGUGACGGGGCAGGUGGGGGGCAGCACGAAGCAGCGUUGAAUGGUGGUGGAUGGACGAGCAUGGAAGAGAGUGGGGUCCUUUCGGGAGGUGAAAGUGACAUCGAAGGAACGUGGGGAGAGGAGGAGGAGGAAGAGGAAGACGAGGAGGAGUUGGAUGGUCGAAUUCUUCGACCAAAAGCAAGAAAGAGAGGAGGAGGCGUAUCAAGUGGCAUGAGGCCCACUGGUGCUGGCAGUGCUGGCAGUGGUGGCAUUGGUGGCAGUCGCACUGCCAGUAACGGUGCCAUGGGUGCCUGUGGUAGUGCCGGUGGUGGUGGAGGUGGUGUUGGUGCUCGUGCUGCUGUCGCUCCGUAUCUGGCUUUGAAAGAUGCGGUCUGGAUGUUUGAAGCUGUAACCGCAGAGGCGAUGACGAUGCUGGAUUGGAAUAGAGCGAGCAUGGAGCAAGCGACUCUGCAGCGCAUCGAAGGGGGUUCAAGGCAGGACCAUGAGAUCACAGCAGAGAAAGAGGAGGGGGUGCAGCGCCCUGCUCAGGGCCCGAUGGGCCUGUUGAGAGCAGCAGGGGAGGCUGUGGGUGGUGUUGGUGUUGCGGGGGCGGUGGGGUUAGAGCGAGGUGCGGGAAGGGGUGGGGGAGAGGGGCUUUCGAGAGAGGGGGUGCGAGCGGUGGUGGUGAUGGGGAAGCAGAUGCCGUCUGCAUCGGUGGCUAACCACCAGUCGUUUGUGUACCUGCUGUGCCGCCCUGAUGGGAGGUUCUAUGUGGGCGAGCCAUUUUCUCCUACGCAAACACCCACAUCAUCCCUGUCCCCAUGCUCCUUCCCAACCCUCCUUCCCAACCCUCCUUGCCCAUCCUCCUUCCCAACCCUCCUUGCUCACCCUCCUUCCCAACCCUCCUUCCCAACCCUCCUUCCCACCCUCCUUCCCAACCCUCCUUCCCAACCCUCCUUCCCCCAGACGGACCAGAUAUCAGUGCGCAUAAAGAAGCACCGGGAGAAGAGGCUGUUGCGCGAGGCACCAGUGGCCAUCAUCGCAGCGCCCAGCAAGAGCGCGGCGCGCUUGAUAGAGACGCAUGUGAUCGCGCGCCUCAGGGACUCGGGCGUGCCGCUGGUGAAUGAGGCGGACCAACACCACAAACACUUUGGCAGCGCCGGCGCCCCCGCCCGCCCCUCGUUUGCCCCGCCCUUCUGA